AUGAGCAUAGUAAUUGCUCUUGGAGUCACUACGCCUGAAACGUCAUACUCAGACAUGGCCGCUGGAUCCGACCCUGAAUCAGUCGAAGCAAGUCCUGCAGUGAAUGAAAAGAACUUCAACCAUAGCUGCGGGAGUGCACAGAGUCAUGGGUAUCGCAGUCUACCGUAUGCUAUGCAGCAGUCUUCCGUUGUGUGUUGCCAAGAUCACAACUAUGGUGCGCCUCCGCCCCCCACGCCACCUGCUUCCCCACUGUCCCAAACAAUCAUUCCCCGCAUGGAGCUCAAUGGUGUGGUUAGAGCUUCUCGAUAUCAGAAAUCUCCUGAGGACAACUCCGCCGACAGUGACAGCUCUUCUGACGACGAGCCACCCAACUCAAGCUGGUGUCAGUGUAGUUUGACAGCAGACAAUAUCCUCAUCAAGUGUGACCACUGCAGGGACAUCGAGAGCUGUAAAAGAGAAAAGGGUCACACAAAUACCGAAAAUGUCUCUGAAGGAGAAAGCAGUGCUACUGAAAGUGGCGACGAAGAGGUCUCCCCUUCAACCGUGUCUUACACAGCCACUCAACACACGCCCACCAGCAUUAAACUCACGGUCAACAGAGUCAAAAGAAGCAAAUCCAAAAAGAGGAAGAAAAGCACGGAAAAAAGUCGUGGCGUAGCAAAGGCCAAGAAGGUCAAGGCUUUCAGAGAAGGUUCCAGGAAAUCCAUGCGAAUGAAGAAUUCAACAACAGAUGCGAGUGUGCUGGAUGAAAACACUUCGGAGGGGUGGGAAAAUAAAAUUCGCAAGUGGACGGACCAAUACGAGGAAGCACUGACCAAUCAGUACAGUGCAGAUGUACAGUCGCUCCUCCAGAACCGCUCUGAAGGCUCCCAGUCUCCCUUAUCACAGACCAGUCCAGCAGAGCUCUCGGACACUCUACACCAGAUAUCACUCUCCAGUAACAACACGGUCCUCGGCUCACAAAUGCAGCUCCAGUUGGGUCGUGUUACUCGUGUGCAGAAACACAGGAAGAUUUUAAGAGCGGCCAAGACUCUGGAGCCUGACACCCUCAUUAUCGAGUACCGCGGUAAAGUAAUGCUCAAACAACAGUUCGAAGUCAAUGGCCACUUCUUCAAAAAACCCUACCCAUUUGUGCUCUUCUAUUCAAAGUACAAUGAUGUAGACAUGUGUGUUGAUGCGCGGACAUUCGGUAAUGAUGCCCGGUUUAUCAGGAGGUCUUGCACACCCAAUGCUGAAGUCCGACAUAUGAUUUCUGAGGGGAUGAUUCACUUAUGCAUCUUUGCUGUUAGUCAAAUCACUAAGGAUUCUGAGGUUACCAUUGGGUUUGACUUUGAAUUUAACAGCUGUAAUUACAAAGUGGACUGCGCUUGCCACAAGGGGAAUGAGAACUGCCCAGUACAGAAACACAACCUGAAGCCCACAGAUUUGCUGAGUCCACCAUCCCUUUUACCGCCUGCUCCUUUGAUUGGAGCAGAAACGAGGAGAAGAAAGGCCCAAAGGAAAGGGCAAGAGGGCUCCAGUGGUGACACUAGCUUGUCUACGGAAGCCAAAGAUACACUAGGAGUCAGCGAUACUGAGGAGAAACCCUCAGAAGAACUGAAGCCUGAUGAGAAGGAUAUGGAGCUGUUUGAAAACGGAGUGCCUGGCCCUAGUAAUAAAACACCUAACAAUGCAGAGAAAAGACGGCGAAAAGCAGGCUUUGCAGAGUUGAAAGAGGAAUGUGUAGAAGCGGAUUCUCGGAGCGUCGCUGUUGGAAGUCAAGCCACUCCAACCACUGGAGUUGGGAUGAGCACACGACGCACCACCUACGUCACAGACCCAACUCCAGCUGAUGAGAAGACUUCUCUCAGCGUUCUCCCCCCCCCUGUUCCAGCUAAACCUGCACGACCUGCAAAGCCCAGGCCCAAAAGUCGAAUGUCCCGUUAUCGCUCGACUUCAUCACAACGAGCACGUCGUCAGCGCCAGGCUCUGGCUCAGCAAGCGGCGGCAGCAGCUGCAGCAGCAGCCGCAGCAGUGGCAGCUUCUGGUGCACUUGUUGAUCAGGGUGCUGCUCAAGAAGAGGAGGCAUCUCAGGGCCCCUAUGGUGCAGAACAGGGAGAAGGGUUCCUUGGUUCAGUGGGCCUUUUUGAUGAAGGCCAAGGUCCGAACUGUAUCCACAGAGGCAAUUUCCGCUACCCGAAGACCAAGAAGUACUUGGUGACUGAGUGGUUGAAUGACAAAGUGCCUGGAGGUGAGAAGAUGUUCCAGGAGUUUCCAGUGGAGCGUCCUUUGAGGAUAACCACAGACCCAACCGUUCUGGCCACCACUUUGAACAUGCUGCCCGGUCUGUCUCACACAUCCAUGAUCUGUACAACUCCCAGACAAUACAUCCGCUUUGGUUCACCCUUCAACCCUGAAAGACGCAGACCCCGUCCGCUCCAGAUGGAUGGCACUUAUGGCUGUUACAAGAAGAGGUGGAUAAAGCAGAUGGAAGAUGAGAGCUGCUCCGUCAGUGUUGAAGACGGAACAGAGUCCACCCUGUCUCAGAAAAGUACAAGUAGCAGGUCAACUCCCAAUCCACUGCCCACUGAAGGUAGUGCACCAAUUAAAAAGCGCAGAUCAAAGUAUCUGACUGAAUCAACACCAGCAAACACCUCGGAUCAUUUACUCCGGCCGCUGUCGCCCAUAACUCCCCCUCCUCCAGACAACCAUCUUCUGCUCCACACGGCUUGUCUUUCUAACGGCCUCUUCUCCCCUUUGCCCUCACUGCCAACGAGUCGCUGUAACACCCCACUGCAGUUUGAGAACAUAUCGUCACCAGAGGCAUCUCCAGUCCACAGGCCGGAGUCCAUAUCUCCUGAGCCAUGUGUGCAAACGGACUAUGACAUUUCUCGACCGCAGUUUUUGGAAGUGUCGCUCUCCUCCAGCCUGGAGAGUCCAGCAGCUGUCAUGUCCGAUGAAUACUCCCUACCUGGAGGUGCUUUAGGCCCUGAUUCUCAAGGCCCAACACUUGGAACAAAUUCAUUGAACCAAGCCUCUUGUCUGUCAUCGGACCAAAGCCGGGAGCAAAAUUUCAAGACUGAAUUCAAUCUCAUUUAUACCUGUUCACCUCUCAAUGCAAACCUGGGGAACGCUGGCCCGUCCGACCAGCGGCUCCCGAAAGCAGAAUGCUUUUCCCCUGCCGACUCUCUUCACAGCUCUCUGAGUGGGCAUGGCCUCAUGGGGGACCAUGGGUCUAUGUCUCCGUAUGGGGAUACUCUUUAUGGGGGAAUGUACCCAGACAGUGGCACGCCACCUCACAUGGGCAACCAGCCUCAAAAAAAGAAGAGGGCCAAGCAGUCACCCAUUAGUCUGGUGACAGGGAAGACACAUUACCAGGCUAUAGCUGUAAGAAGUGAAUACAAGAAAGUUCAAAAUAUGGUGUCUUUGCUCGAGUACCGGAAAAGGAAGCGGAGCUGUGGUCGAGACCCCGAGUCCUUAAGUGCCACACACACGCCCAUUAGCAACCAUUACAUCCAGGACACUCAUCACACUCAGCGGCCCCAGCAUCGGGCCUCCCCUCACCCCUACCCCCCCUCUGCUCCGCCUUACUCCAGCCCCCACACAGAGGCAGUCAGCCCCUCGGAACCACAGACCCCCGUCUCGUCCCGACACCAGGACAACCAGUGGAUGGUUCCGACGAGCGUUGAACGUCUAAGAGAAGGGCAAGGCGUUCUGGAGCGAGUGCUGAGGAGCAUCAAGAGUGAGCGCACCUACAAGCAUGGUGACGGUUCAAGUGACAAAGAAUGUGUCUACAGAGAGCCAGCGGACUGA